ACGAUGGUUUGGAAUUCCGUUUAAAACCAUCAGUAUCAUCAUGAACUUGUAUUAGGUUCAUGGUAUCAUCAUCUUGGAGUCAUUGCUGCUGAUACGGGCAGACGAGAACUUCAUACACUGAGCAGCCCAAAGGGUGGCCGUUUGCAGGACUGUCUAAGAAUUUCUACAAAAUACAGUAAGCGAUUGAAUUUUGUUUUCUUCAAGCAGAACCGACAAUCAUGUUGGCAGUUUGUCUUCUCACUUUCAUCACUGCGUUGACUACCGCAGCCCCGACGUCGACCCCGAACCCGACCCCUGAGCCUCCUAAUGGAAUUCGCCAAUGUGCGCGCUCAGAGUGCCCCGUCUACACUGAAUUGGCAGAUUAUGGUCUAGAUAUGUGGAAGCGGCGGAUCGAACCAGGAGUUUGGGCGCGUAAGGUUGCUCCAACCUGCAACAGAACUACUGCGAUAGGUUUAGUCUACAUGGACAUCCAUUACUACUUUAGGGACAACGGGAUUAACCGGACGACACCAAUCAUGAUGGAAGUCUCGGAAAACAAGGCCGCGCCAUCUUUUUGUCCUGACCAAUCAGAAUCCUUCCCUUGCUGUGACGAAAUCUACGCACUUCUCUUCUACAUCCCUGCAGUUUCGCAGGCAACCGCCCCACCCCCAUCAAAGGACUCUGGGGUGGAGCUAGUGCACAUGGAAGAUCCUCGGGAGUUCUACGGAAUCACCUUAGGUGGGCGACCAGUCAAUGAAAAUGUGACAGCGAAUUACAAUCAGCUUUCUAAAUACCUCGACGAGCAGGGUAUUCGAUUCGAUGACGAUGCAUUCCUUGUUGCUUCUUAUGAUGCACCAUGGCGGCCUCAGCCUCAUCGUAAUGAAAUCCUGAUUCCUAUCAAGAAACCAUGCAGAAGGCAUGAUGGUAAUGAUGGCAUCGCCAACCCGAAAGACGGUCAAGAAAACGAAACAGAUCAAGGUCUCGAUGGUGUUCGUGGUCGUGAGGCCGGUCAUGGAGGUCGUCGUCAAAGACGCAACGUCGACUACCUUCCCAACAUCGAUCUCAUUCCGUUUUGAGAUGGUCGGCAAACGACUCUAACCAAGAUUCUAAUGAUGUUAUGUCAUUUCAUUUCGUUCGUAAAGUAUGAUAUACUACAUGUUAAGAAUAAGACAAGCUGAAGGGUGAAGGCACUCUUUUUUAUUUUUUUUCCUUUUACAUUUUAAAGGCAUAUAGGGUACUUUGCUUUUUUCAUUUGUUAUGUGAUUUAAGACAAUUGCCUUUUAAAUAGUGUUGAAAUACAUCACAUGUAUAAUUACGUAUCAGCAUGAUCAGGAGCCGCAUUUUCAUUAGCCAUUCGGCUAUUCGAUGGGUUACCAUUAACACAGUACAUGUACUUUUGUUUAUCCUGUAAUUAUGUAAUUUCAGAAAUAGUAAUAAAUUCAUUCAUUCGUUCGCGCGUUUAUCCGAAGGUCACCAUCGUCAUUCCGAAACACACAUUUUCAUACGUUGGGGGGGGGGGGGGGGGGGGUCAUAACUCUGAAAAUGUAAUAGGGAUCGUAGUUUUUGCGUUAUUCCGAAGGUUCGUUUACCUGAAGGAUCAUUAUAGUUCCCAAAGUGAAAUUGGGUUCAUUAUUCCAAAUAUCCAUACUUCCAUAGAUGAAGUAGAGUUUGUUUUUCCGGAGGUUUAUAAUUCUCAUAAAUGAUACUUGGAUAACCUGGUUCUAUUUCAAUUUUGGAAUUACAAAUCCUACAUGUAUAUGAGAUGAUCUCUCUCUCUCCGUCGGUCGAUAAUCUAUAUCCCGACAAGUCGAAUGGAGCAUGGCGGAAGGGGGGGGGGGGGAGGCUGGUGCACCUUCUCACAUCCCCUUCCAUGGCUAAAAAAACACUAAAGAAAAUGAGUCCCUAAUUUUACCUUCGAAUUAUGCCACUAGCAGCAAGUUUAGACAUUCCAUGAGACCUCCAAAGGCACCUGAUAAUAAGAUGACGUUUUAUUUGAAGUUUGGGGCAGUGAUGACCCCCCCCCCCACACACACACACACACACACCUCGCCAUCCCGCCAGAUAAUUCUGAAUUUGCUAGUGGAAACCAUCCAUGAAUCUAUAAAUAAAUUCGUUUAUAAUUUUGAUUUCUGUCAUGAUUCAGGAUAAUAACGACCAUUGAGUGGUUGUGAGAAAAAGAUUAAUUAUUACAAUAACAGUAACUGGCAGUCAGUGAUCGACUUACGUUCAUGUUAUGAGUACUGUAUAUAUGUUUUAGAUAUAAUGUUAAUGUUUAAGACACCAACUGAAUUGGCAAUGACGUAAUAGUAAUCCCUUUCUCAUUGAUAAUUUUUAUUUUUUUAUCGGAUUGGUCUUGCAAAUUUGUUAGGCCUAUUGAUUAAUAAAUACUUCUAGCCGUAAA